AUGUUUUAUGCGCAUAUUCCAAUAUCUGAAAUUUCAAGGCUUACAAAUUUGAUUUCACUUGAUCUUUCUGACAAUUUCUAUGAAUUGCACGAUAAUGUUGUUAUGCUUGCUUUGCAUAUGAAAGAAGGAGUGGCGGGAAGGCUUCCACAAAACAUGACCAAUUUAAGACAACUUUACCUUGAUUUCGUGCAAAUUGAUUCACCUGUACCUAUUCACUUUGCAAAUUUAUCUUGCUUGACACAUCUCUCUCUUCAAGAUUGCAAUUUGCAUGGAAAAGUACCAAAUUCUAUUGGCAACCUUAAAUCCUUGAAUAUUUUGUAUCUCUACCCUUGUAGAUUUUUCGGAGUUAUUCCUUCUUCAAUUGGAAAUCUUACUGAACUUAUAGAUCUUCGCCUUUGGAAAAAUGGAUUUAGCGGUCAAAUUCCAUAUUCACUUGGAAACCUCACAUGGUUGGAAGUUUUGAUUUUUGCAAGUAACUCUUUCAGUGGCAAACUCCCAAUAUCAGUCCCACCUCGUGUCGAAAAUCAAUCGAAUGUACGGAGAACGAUCUGA